UAUUCAUCGGGUACUGUUUACCACUGUAGAAUCACUGUAUCGAUCCAUCUGGUCCGUUCACUGGGGGAAUGGAUGGAUCAGAUCGCGACCUCGAGACAUUGGGCGCCGCUUCCCCGAGUGCGUCGCGAGGGCAAGGACAGAGAUGAGCGGAGCAGCGCCGCCUCCGCCUCCACCGCACCUCCCCAUCGCUCGCUCCACCUCCACUGCCCCUCCGCCAGAUCUUGUUGACUCCCCCAGCUGCCGAUCCUCCGUCUCCCCGUCAAGAUCCGGCACCACGCCGCCGUCCUCCGUCGCAGUGGUGACGACCUGGCGCCAAGCCGCCGCCGACCGCUCCUACGCCCUACCCUGUCUCCUCUCCUCGGACCCUCCCCCACAUCGGCGGUGCCAGGAGCCGCCUCACCUCGCCGGAUCCGCCCCAGCUCGAGCGCGACAAGCCGACGGCCCUCCCCCUCCCCUCCGCCGCAGGCCGCACCGCGCCACCAGGACCUCUUCGGAGCUGACCCACCUCGUGCGCGACGAGCCGGGCGGCCCUCCCCUCCGCCGUCGCACCUCGCCAUCACUAGAGAUCCAUACGCCGCGAACUGACACCGUGUGGUCUGUGUGGUGAGAUGCAGAGACGCAAAGCUGUGCAGCAGCCGGGGAGUGCGGGUCGUGCUCACUGACUUCCACAGGAGCAACCGUCCCGACUUACAGUUAAUUGCAAUAAGAAUUGUUAGGGGUUGAAUCUCUCCAAAUAGUUCAUCAGUUAUGCGAUUGGAUACUGAGGCUUACAGUUAAUUGCAAAAAAAAUUAUGCCUCAAAUAAUCAUAUUUAGGUUUACAGAUAUUUACAGUCAUUGGUGAUUUGACAUGAGUUGAUACAAGAGUCAUUACACUUUUGAAUGUAGCACAAAAGUUAGUUAAAGAGAGUUCAUGAAAUGCCUUUCAGGGAAAGGACAUACAGUGCUCUGAAGUUUUUGCAAAGAAUCUAGCUAGAGAGAACUGCAUACAAACACUCUAAUGUCUCAUGGAUCUCUUGUUGGCUUGCAGAAUUCCCUGCGACUGCAAGGACAAGAACCUGUCCAUACUCAUGGAGGAAGAGAGCAAGCGUCCAAGCAACCUGGUGCUUCCUACUGCUGUGUUCGUUACAUUGAAUCCGGUGCUGCCUUGUGCUAGUUAUAAAAUGUAGCCAUGUUUCUUUGCUUCAUGUCCUGCAGCAACUACUAGUGGCGCUAUAGAUGGCAUUAUCUGAAACUGAAAUGAAUCAGCAACUACUAGUGGUAUAUCCCAUGCUAUUUUAGAAUCAAGAAUAUUAAUUUUGAUGCACACUACACAUUGCAUGAUUGACCUUUUAUACAUUUUUAUACAUUAUUUUCUGAGAGCAUAUUUUUGGAUGGAGUGCUUGGCUUAGUUAAUUUUAGUCUGCAAGGCAUUGUAUAUGUAAUCUGGAUAAAGGGAUGAGGAUACUGGCAUUGUUUUUGGUAUAAUGCUCCAGUGAUUGUUUCCUUUUUGGUACAAUACCUUUUAUGCAUUGUAUAUGUAAUCUCCUAGUAAUAUAAUUAUGCUUCAGUGCUC